GGAAGGAUGGGUGAAUGUUUGGGUCUUGGUCGCCCUAGCAGAGCCAUGUGAGUUUCAUGCUGCAGCGCUGCUGGCUGUUUUGCGUCCUGGCUUGGGCUCAACAUCAAACGCCUGAUGAUUUGACCGAAGAAGUUCGGCAGGCCAAGGGCGAAGUUUGUGAGCAAUGGCUCCUUAAUCAAAAUUCAUGGUCUUACACCUGGAGAAAUUUGCGUUCGGAAGCCCGCCGUGCGCAGCUCUUGGACAGUGUGCCUUUGAUGCCGAAGGCGAAGAGCUAUCCGCGCGCCGUGACCGGUGAAGAUGCUGAAGGGUUUGCUGACUUGUGCCCGGAGUUGAACUUGGAGGAAUUGACCUCAGACCCUGAAGUUUUGCUGGGCCUUUUGGAAGCGCGUUGCAGCGAGAACAUGGCUGAUCAGCGGCAGAUCCAGGAUGCAGACCUUGCGCUUGCUCGCGAGCUGGCCAGAAGUGGCAAGAUUGGCAAACGUUCGGCUUCAUCGCGGAAGCUCUUCUAUUUGAGAGAUCCCAUCACCACUGAUGUGACUGGACCUUUGCAAGGACAAGGCGCAGGUGAAUCCGAUUGGAAAUCCGGGGCAUCUGACCUGGUCAUCGAGUCGGAGAUUUGGUGGACAGUCCUUUUUCGUCAACAGUCGAUUUUCAUGACUCUCACCAGCUUGCUGAAGGAUCACUUCCUCGGAAAGGAGCAUGCCGCAGUUGAUGUUGAAGAAGAUGACUCUAUUGGUUUUCUGAUUCCCGGAGAUGUUGCAUUCUGGAGCUGCGGAAUUCUGGUGGCAAUGUUUUUUUGGGCACUGGCUAGGCUGGUGAGACGCUUUUUUUUGGCAUGAAGAGGCAGCUGGUCCACCGCCAGAUCUUUGUUGCCCAAUGUCACUGGAGCUCUUCACUGAUCCAGUUGUGGCCGCCGAUGGCGAGACCUACGAGCGCUGGUGGAUUGAGAAGUGGAUCCAUGACAAGUCAGCAGCCUUGGAGAGCCGCCCACGCAAUGGAACAGGAGUGUUGUCCCCCAUGGGACAUGGCAUGCUGAAGCACGCCAAGCUGGUGAGCAACCAAGCUGUUCGAAGACUUGCCAAUCAAUGGCGUGAGAAGCACGAGAAAGCCACCUGAGUCCAAGCUGAGUGCAGCAUGAGUCACAUGAACUUCCUCGAGUCACCAACGCAUCUCCCAUGUCGAGCAGACGAAGCUGAUAGCUUGGUGAACGAUCCACCUUUGACGGUGCCGCGCUGUGCGGCCAAACUUAGGACAGUGCAUCAGGCCCAUCAGGCCUUGGCCGCGAGCUCUCGAAGGAAGAAACAUUCGUUGCCGCGUGGCCUUUGUGAAGUUUCGACGGUCUCAGCACGAAUCCAUGGGAAAGGGGAAUCUUUUGGAACAUUUGCCUUUGAAGCUCACACAUGCAUGGGGUGGGUUAUGAUUCGGUGUGAGCCUCCUUUCCUUCUAACGUUGUUGCACGACUGCGGAUAUGCAUGCAUGCUUGUGCAGCUGCGAGGUGCUGACCAUUUGGGUGCCUCAGUGCGAACUUGACUGAUUUGCAAGGGGCGCCAUAAACAGCUGCGAGCACGUCGCCGAUACGUAAGCUAGGCUCCUAUCAAGGUACAUUUGGUCCGAAACUUGCAGAAGGUUUUGACCAGUAGCAAUGGCCAAUGGCUGCGCCAGCGGAGCAGGGAAAAUGGAUGCAAAGUGCUGUUGGGUUUGGUGGCUAUCCCGUGCGUUGGCUGCAUUUCGUUGCAAACUUGCUAGCAGAAUCUAGCAGAAACAUAAAUUUGAUUAGGGGCGUGUCAAUUUCAAUUUGUCUCAGCCAUUAGCCACACUAUCCAUUGC